AUGGCGACCACGACGUUGCUUGCGGUGCCCACGAAACGCGCGUCUGAAGUGAACAUUGUAAAACCUUUACGGAAUUUAAUAUCUUCGCAUUAUAACUCUGCUGAUAAUCCUGAAGACUACACAGAAGCCAUCAACGAACUGAGCAAACUUCGCAACCAAGCUCUUUGGAAGGUGUUGGAUAAAUAUGACAAUUCCCUCGAUCUGAUAUACACUUAUUAUGAUCAGAUAACAUCAUUAGAAUCUAAAGUGCCACCAUCUGAAGUACAAAUUCCUUUUAAGUGGAAAGAUGCAUUCAAUAAAAUGACAUCAUUUUUUGCUAAUGGAAAAGUCAGUAUAACUCUCUGUUCAUUUGCUUAUGAGAGAAUAUGUGUACUAUUUAAUAUAGCAGCUCAACAGAGUGCAGUAGCAGCUGCUCAAAAUUUAGAGACUGAUGAUGGGUUAAAGAUGGCUGCUAAAUUUCUCCAACAAAGUGCUGGUAUAUUUAAUACAUUAAAAACAACAGUUAUGAAUGUAAUUCAACAAGAUCCAACUGCAGAUUUAAAUCCAGAUUCAUUGGCAAUGUUAUCAUCUCUUAUGUUAGCUCAAGCCCAAGAAGUGUUCAUAGUCAAAGCAAAUAUAGAUAAAAUGAAAGAUCAGACAAUUGCCAAACUAUGUGCACAAUGUGAAGAAUAUUAUGCAGAAACAGCAAAAAUGAUGGAAAAAGAAACAGUUAUGAUGUCUUUGGAUAAAGAAUGGACAUCAAAUGUUUAUGGAAAACAGUCAAUUUUUCAUGGUUUGGCUCAGUAUUAUCAAGCAAUGGUGUGUAAGAAUAAUAAAAUCGUUGGUGAACAAAUAGCUAGACUUAAUGUAGCUAUUUCGUUUCUUAAAAGUGGUCAAGAACGAUGUGCUCGUUUGUUUUACAAUGAGCUUCUUAAUAAAGCUAUGCAAGAGUUAAAUGAAGCAAAAAAGGAUAAUGAUUUUAUUUAUCACGAACGAAUUCCAGAUGUCAAACAUUUAGAACUAAUAUCUAAAGUUGCAAUUGCUAAACCAACUCCUGUGCCAUCAAAGUUUUCAUCUAAAUUUAAAGAUUUAUUUGAGGAUUUAGUACCAAUAUCAGUUCAACAAGCACUUAGUGCAUAUGAUGUUCGUAAAACAGAACUUGUUAAUUCUGAAAUUGGAAAGUUGAGAGAAUCUACACAAAUAUUAAAUGGAUGUUUAGCAUCAUUAAAUUUGCCAGCAGCACUAGAGGAUGUUAAAGGUGUAGGAAUACCACAGUCGCUAAUAGAAAAAUCAAACAAUGUACGAAUGAACGGUGGAGUUCACAAGUUAGAAAAUAUGAUCAAAGAAUUACCCGAAUUAUUGAAACGAAAUGAAGAAAUAAUAAAUGAGUCUGAACGGAUGUUAAAUGAAGAACAAGCAUCUGACGAACAACUCCAAGCACAGUUUAAAGAUAAAUGGAAUCGCACAAAAUCAAAUGUUCUUACUCAAAUUUUUAGAGUUAACAUAACUAAAUAUCGCGAAAUCAUUAAGAAUGCUAAAUCUGCUGAUAAGAUGAUACAUGAAAAGUUUGAAACAAACAAGCGAGCCAUUUAUUUAUUAUCUGAAGGCCAGGAAGCCAUGAAAAAUGUAUUGCCAGUCGGAUCAAGUUCUGGGGUCAAUUUUGCCAACUCUACAGCUGCUGAUAAAUUAAAACACUUAAUGGAAGAGGUAGAAGCAUUGAAAAAUGAAAGAGAUGUUAUUGAAACGGAAUUGAAAUGUGCCACAACUGAUAUGAAAUCAAAAUUCUUGAAUGCUUUGUCUGAGGAAGGAUCCAUUCAUGAAGCUAAUUUGUCAACUGAGAGCUUGGAUCAAUCUUAUGGACAUUUAAAAGCUCAAGUUAAUGAUAGUCUUGCUAGACAAGAGAAACUUCUAUCUAAUAUCCAGGUGGUGAAUACAGAAUUUUGUAGAGAAAAGAGCAGUGGUGGCCAAAGAGAAGCAUUAUUUAAAGAUUUAGCAUCUGGCUAUGAUGUAUUUAAUGAUUUACAAAAUAAUUUAGUUGAAGGAACCAAAUUUUAUAAUGAUUUGACCGAAAUUUUAAUUACUGCUCAAAAUAAAAUUUCCGAUUUUUGUUUUGCUCGAAAAGCAGAAAAAGAAGAGUUGCUUAAAACUUUAACUUCAGAUUUGAGUAGAGAAAAACCUGUUUCUAUUCCAGCUGCACCUGCUAAAAGCCAUGAAUUACCAAUUGGUGCUCAGCUCCCUUAUCCUGUACAACCUCAAGGUAUGCCCUUACCAUAUACACUUCCAAGGACUGGGCCAUCUUACCAACCUUAUAUGUGUGCACCGCCUAUGCCAACUACAUACAAUCCUUAUGCAACACUUCAUCAUUAUCAGCCACAAGACUAUCAAAAUUAUGCUGUUCAAGGUCAACCACAAUAUCCUCCUCAAUAUCCACCACAAUACCCACCACAAAAUCAGCAACAACCACCAUGGUAAAAGUAAAUUUGGUAUAUUGAUAGAAAAACACAACUUAUGCAUUAUUGUGAUUGGAUGUAGUUAUCCUGGUUAACUAAUUGUGAAUACCAUUUUUUAUAAAACAGAACAAAAUUGUUAUUAAUUUUGUUUAAUUAUUAUUCAUAUAUCAACCAAAUUAUUGCUAGAAUACUGUAUUGACUACAUCAUUUAUAUUGCUUUUACAUAAUUUUUAGAUUUAGCAUAUUAAUGUAUUAAUUUAUUA